AUGGACAACGCUUCCAGGCCCCACGGCAACCGACCUUUAUGGGUUGGGUUCAGAAGAAUGUCAGUAGUUGUGUUCGGCUUUCCGGAAUUGUCCUCCUCCUGUCGCUCUCCUCUAUUCUCCAGCAAAGUGGCACUGGAAGUAGGGAUCCUCUUGAUCACCGAGCCCAACGGCGCCAGACUGGUCUGGGCUCGCCGGUCGCCGUCUGGCUGUGGGCUAUUAGGUUUCAUCGAGGGUUCCAAGAUACUCCGCGUAUCACGGUGUCUGGAGUUACGUUGUGGAUAA